GACCAACAGAAAUGCGUUUACCUGUACAUGGAGUACUGCAAGUAAGCCGUGCGCGCCGCUCCAUAAUUCGCUGCCUAAUAAAUCAGUCGGUGACUUUGGUGUAGGAACGGUGACAUGGCUCAGAUGAUCCGCAAGAACGGCCCGUACACCGAACCCGACGCCAAGGUAUUGUUUGCGCAAAUCGUGUCAGCCAUCGAGUAUUUACACGGCAUAGACGUGGCACACAGGGACCUGAAGCCUGAAAACGUAUUGCUCAAUCAUCAGAACAAAGUAAAGGUCGCCGAUUUCGGGUUGGCCGAUUAUUGCCGAGACUCGCGAGACGGUCGUCGUGUUCUGUCCCACACCCGGUGCGGCACCAAAAUGUACAUGCCACCCGAAGUUCUGAAAAAUCCCAAGGACGGGUACAAUGCCAUUUUCUUCGAUAUAUGGUCAAUGGGAGGCGUAUUGCAUUACAUGUUGACGGGCCUGGUGCCGUUUGACGGUAAACAAAGAACAGAAAUCGUGAAGCAACAGUUGGCCAGAGACAUAGUCAUGUUCAGGCCGAGACACUUGCUCAUGUCCAGCACGUCCGUCAAAAUACUGAUCCAGAAAAUACUCGAGCCUGACGUGCUGAAACGAGCCAGGAUAUCUGUUAUCAAACGAUCCGAGUGGUUGGCCGGAACUUAAUGUUUUUACAUUAGUUUUGUUUUUAACGCUCGACGCUAUUUUAGUAUAAUCGCAUCGACAAUGAGUAUUUUUUUUUCUUAAGU